AUGUUGGGAGUGUGGGGUUGGGGGGUGGGGGGGGUGUGUUGGGGGGGGGGGUGGGGUUUGUGGGUGGGUGUGGGGGUAUUUUUAUGGGGGUGGGGGGGGGGGGUGGUUUGUGUUUUGGGGGUUUUUGGGGGGGUGGGGGGGGUGUGUGUGGGGGGUGGGGUAACGAACGUUGGUUGGUUUGGUUGGGGGGUUGGGUUUGGGUUGGUUUGGUGGGUUGGUGGGGGGGGGGGUGGUGGUGUUGUUGGGGGUGUGGUGGGGGGGGGGGGUUGUGGUGGUUGUGUUUGGGUGGGGGGUGGGGGUGUGUGGUGUGGGUGGGGGGGGGGGGGGGGGGGGGGGGGGGGUUGGUUGUUGGGGUUGUGUGGGGGGUGGGGGGGGUGGGGUGGGGGGUGUUGGGGGGUGUGUGUGGUGUGGUUUGGUGGGGGGGAAUCCAGUUCUUUUACAUCAGGAACAAACAAAUAG